UAAGGGAAGGAAGGAAAAGGAGCGAGAGGCAGCAAGCAAGAGUCCUCACAACUGUGCCCUGCUCAGUCAACCAAUAACUGAAGAUCCGCAGCUCCUCCUGGGGCACCUUGUUUGCCGGCUCUAAGUCAUCUUCCUACGUCUGUGGGCGCUGAGAGAGACGCGCAUCUCCCCAGCACCUCAAGCCUCCCCUGUCCACUCACACAGCCAGUGAUCUCAACUGCAGGCAUCGAACUCCGUCCUCGGAAUGGCCGCUGGCGAAGCUUCCUUGGGCUUGCUUGGAGCCGAAUCAGUGAAAACCUCCUUGAGUAGAUUUUCGCUGGUAAUUCUGCUGGGUCUCUUUCUAUUUCAUGUUAAUUUAGGGCUUGAAGUUAGCAUUGGAAAGUUGUCAAGGAUUGAGGUCGUGAAUGGCAGUAAUGUCAUCCUGCCUUGUACUUUCUCCAGCUGCAAGAGCUUCGAAGGUGCUACCUUCUGGUGGGACUUCCAGAGAAAUAAAACAUCACCAAAAAAUACAAUUAUUGUGAUCAAACUGUCAGGGUUAAGGCCCUCGGUCGUUACAAAAGAAGACAGAAUUUCAUUCAUUGGGAACAUUAAAUCAAAGAAUAUCUCCCUUUUGCUGGAUGAUGUGGAUUUUGACGAUACUGGAUUUUACACUUGUUACUUCCAAAACCCUGUGGAAAAAGAUCAGAGGGCUCAAGCGACUCUGCAGCUCAUUGUUGUCAGUGAAUUGUUACCCGUGGACAACACAGUGACAAUUAUCAUUCUUUCCGUUAUCGGAGGGUUGAUAGGAUUCCUCAUUUUAAUAUUUAUUAUUAAAAAGCUUGUAAUGUUUUUAAUUAAGCAAGUUGGAAAAAAGAAGAAGGAGUGCCUGGUAAACUCCUGCGCCAACACUGAACAUGGACAUUACGGUUCCAAAGCUGACCUCAAAAGCCCAUCAAAGGCGUGAAGAUUGCACCAAAUUUAACAUCAGUGCUUAAAGACAUGGGAUGUGCCUAUUAAUACACUAGCAAGUACACACAUUAUAAGGUAACCCUACCACACUUGCAACAAGAUGGAGGGAGGGGAGGAGCAUACACAAUUUACGUUGGAGAUAUAUGGAGCCAUCAGCAUGAGAUACCACAGAGUUGGGGAUACGUUUGUUCCUGACUCAUACUGAACUCCUCUCCUUCUCAAUCCUCAGUACUGUCAUCUCAAACUCUCAGAUAUUAGGGCAUGCAACUCAUCUGCCUUGCAGCAUGUAUAUGCUAUUCGUACAGGGAUUGACACCAGCUGUACAGCACCAGUCUUGUAUCACAUGUGGCCUUUUACUUGAUAUGUUAGUCAUUUUAAUUUCUUUCCUCUUUGGCUUAGUGUCCUCCAAGUAUGAUAGGUGUUAAUAAUUACUUGCACAGCCGUCAGUUAGGAGCUAAGCACUGUCAACAAGUUAUCAUGGGCUCCUGACUCACCUGUAAUUGGACUGGAUAUCUUGAGGCUGUUGUAAGUACUCUGAGAUGGAUCUCUAAUCUAAUCUAUUGCCAGUUCAAAAUGCACACUGUUGGAAAGAGUAUGAACAAAUGCCUUUUAUGAGGUACCAGGGGCUUCUGAAGCUAGAUUAUUAUCCAAAUUGGUUUCUAGGGAAUUGGGAGUUGUCAUUAUGAUACAGAUAUAACUUCCCAUUCCUUCUGUAAUUUAACUGGAAUUCAUGUAUAUCAAGUAGUUGAAUUGAUCAGCCCAGGAGAUCAGUAAUUCCCAUUGAGAAGCAUCGCUGGUAGGCUGAGUAAUCAUUUGCAGGCAGCACAAGUAAGUCUGGCUUGGGAGGAUCGACUCCCAGUCUGCUGCACGGCUCUACAUUGGGGAAAUCGGGUACAUAACUCAUUGUGGUAAUUACAUGCAUCUGGAGGCAACAACCUUUCAGAUUUUGCCUGAUAACAUUGUGGCAGCUGCAUGUAUUGACAAUGUCAUUUGGGACUUCAUCCAACAAACUGACACAAUAGCACAUCACAACCACAUUAUGAUCUUUAUAAAAUGCUGAGCUCUUCAAUUAUUUUUAAAUGUUCAUAGACAGGAUUCCUUCACUCACUAGAUCAGAAUGUAUUGCCCAACACCAAUCGCCCUUGAAUUAACUACUUGACAAGAUAAUUUCAGUGGACAAUUAUAAUUCAAAAAUAUUAUCCAGAGUCAGACAUAAGCAAGACUGGAUAAGAAUGAAAAAAAAAGUUAGUAAACUUUAAGACCAUGGAACAGUUAUAUCAUGGGACAAAGGCAUUUGGCCCAAGGGGCCCACCUCAUUUCAUGCAAUCACUCACUCCUAUCCCCCAUAACCUGAAGGAAAAUUGCAUUACCUUUUGAAAGCAACAAUUGAAUCUACCUUCAUCACUCUCUCAAGCACCAAAUUCCAAUUUGCCAUGUGAAAAAAAUUGUUCUGAUGUCUCUUCUUUUGCCAUUUUAAGUGAUUAAAUCUGUUUUGACUGCCCAUCAAAAAAAAACUAUUUCUCUUGAUCAUCUUCUCCUCACCAUUGAUGAUUUUGAUGGGUUAUUUAACAAAUCAGUAAUUUUGUGAUCAUUCUUACCAUUAGAAAUGUUUCAUUCUAGGUCCAUUUUUAAUAAUAGAACUAAAUUUCAAUUGUUGCAAUGGUGGUGCUUCAAUGUGCAGCACCAUGUCAUCAAGCCAGAAUUCUGCAUUACUGUUUCUAUGACUAUGCUAUUUUAACCCUAACUUUCUGUAAAAUUGCUCAUUUCUUGCAGCUGGUCUGUACCUCAAUAAUAUCCUUUCUUUUCUUCAUAUGAUCUAAUAUCCUUCCCUAAUGUAAAGCAUUAGAGCCUUUCAGUGGAGGCAGGGUUCCACAUUGCUAUAACCCUUGAAAUAAAAAAAAAGUACAUCCUGAUUUUAUUUCUUAAUGGCUAGUUCCAGUUGUAAUAUUGCUCUGACUUUUGCACUCCUAAUGAAAUAGCUUUAUUUAUUUGUUGUGGGAUAUCUCUGGCAAAGUCCAUUAUGAAUUGGCUCUGAACUAAGGAGGCAAUUAAGAGUCAAUCACAUUAAUGGAUCUGGAAUCAUCUCUAGUCCAGAUCAGUCAAGAAUGGUGGCUUUCCUUCCCUGAAGAACAUUAGUGAGUUAGUUAUAUUUUUGCAACAAUGCAUAGGGACCCUGAAUUUAAGUUCCCUAGCUGACCCAUGGGAUUUGAACUCUGAAUCAAUGGUCCAAAACUUGGGCUGCCAAUCACACAGUUCAAGUACUACACUUGAUUGUGCCAUAUGAACCCCCUUUGUCACUUUAAAGACAUUGGUUACAUCUGCCAUCAGCCUUCCAAGAUAAAGUCAUAUUAAUGCAAGAUUAUCUCAUUACUGAAUUCUUUAUGGCCAGUAUAAUUUUGGUGGAAGUGCACUUCACCCAGUUCCAAGACCAACUACAAGGACAUUUGUCGAAUAUUAUGUAUUGGGUGCAAAGCUGUCCUCUCUUCGGACUCCAUUCCCAUUGAGAUAAAGUCCUUCAUUCCAUAAACCUCUUUGAUUAUGUCUUGGAUCCAUCCACUUAAGACCAUAAGAUGUAGGAGCAGAAUAAGCUAUUUGGCCCAUUGAGUCUGCUCCACCAUUCAAUCAUGGCUGAUUUAUUAACCCCCUCAAUCCCAUUCUCCCCAUAAUGUUUGAUACCCUUAUUAAUCAAGAACCUAUCAACCUCUGCUUUAAAUAAUAUACCCAAUGACUUGGUCUCCACAGCCAUCUGUGGCAAUGAAUUCCACAGAUUCACCACCCUCUGGCUAAAGAAACUACUCCUCAUUUCUGUUCUAAAUGGAAAUUCCUCUAUUCUGAGGCUGUGCCCUCUGAUCCUAGACUCCUCCACUGUAGGAAACAUUCUCUCCAUAGCCACUGUUCCUAGGGCUUUCGUUAUUCGAUAUGUUUCAAUGAGAUCCCGCUCAUUCUUCUAAACUCCAGCGAGUACAGGCCCAGAACCAUCAAACACUCAUACUCCUUUGGGUUUAUUCCCAUUCUUCUCAUUUAGUUGAUAUUAUCAAUCUUAUCCUUUCUUUUCCCCCCCAAAAAAUCAAUUAAUUACUUUGAAUGCACAAAAUUAAUUUGUUUUAUUGGAACUAAGGGGCAGGAAAAUCAUGUAUUCUCACUGUCUCCAGGAGCAUUCAAUAAAAUAUUGGGAAAGCUGAAAAAUGUCUUCUAAUGCGGAAAAUUGCCACACAACUGCUUAACAUGACAUCUUGAUCUGACUAUUUUGGUGCUAGAUGUUGGUCUGAUUGAUGAAUUGCUGAUGUGGAGAAAACCCUCAUUUCCACCACCCUGGUCAUUUUCAUUACGUUUGUAUUAAAUCUAUAAUGCAUCCUUCCAUUGAACCAGAAGUAGUUGUUGUUAGAGUAAAGAUUGCUACAGGAUUGGACAUUCACUGCUGUACCGUCUGACUAUCUGGCUGUAGCAAUGUCAUGUCAGUUUAUUCAUUGACACAUCAGCAUUGCUAAUGCUGGGUGAAAGAUAUGCUCUUCAGUAUUGGAUAAAUAUUUGCAAAUUGGUAUCAUAGAAGGAAAGUGAUUGACAAAAGGGUCAAAAAUGACAGGAAGACUACAGCAACUACUUAGAUCUUUGAUCUUUGAAUUGUUAGGAGAAUGUGGGAUAUUAUCAAAAGGGACUUCUGUAUAGAUGAACCUAUGUGAAUCAGGAGGUCGUCAUCAUUGAAAUCUAAUUUGUGUUCCCGACUUUUGACUGGAGAGAGUCAUCUCCUGGUCAAACCACCAAUGAAAUUCAUAGUCCUGAACAACCCUAAAAAAUCACAUUGUAAAACAAUUAGUUUAUUCAUGUCAGGGUGGUUACAUCAAGAGCAGAUAAUGAUGCAAAAGUUGAAAGUUCAGCUCACAUGGGCAUGUACUUAAGACAACUGAAUUAAUGAUCCAGCUAUUCAGAGGUUUUCCUAGCUACUAAACCAAUUAAAACUCAAACUCUAUGGUUGUCAGCCUAUCCAGAGUUAGUUACUAAUUCAUGACACAGAUAUAGACUUUUAGCCCUGGGAUCAGAAGAAGGGUUAGACGGAUAAUGCUGUGGUGGGAAGAGGUAUGGUCAAGUGCACAGUUUGUGGAAAACAGAACCUAACUGAAGAUCUUCUGAAUAUUACACUCACUGGCUAUCAGAGGUGGUCACAGCGAUUGUGACAAUCAGUGAUCCUCUCCCCUGGCUGUAGCAUUAGCUUCCUUAAACAUAACAUUGAACCACUUUCAUAAACCAUCAAUUCAGAUUCAGCAACAUCCAUGGGGGGGGGGGGGGGGGUAAAUACAUUUCAUUUGGAAUGCAGUUGAUAGAAUGUAUCUCUAAGCAUGGACAGAAUGUUGAAACAUGCUAAUGCAUGGAAUUAUUGAAAUAGUGGUAUUGAAGCAUUUAUAGCAAGGCUAGAUAAUCAUAUUGGAGAUGAGAAUGAGAAAAAGUAGGGUAGGUGGUGCUUGCCUGGAGUAUUAGCAUAAAAGAUGGACAGAUAGUUGUGAAACUGAUGUAAAAUGCAAGGAAACUUGCAUCCCCUCUGACUGCAUGUCCAGUGAUACUAAGCAAGAGAUGAUACCACAAAUGGUUGAAACAAACAGGAAAUAGUGACUGUAGAAAUAUUGGGAAAUACUCCUCCUCAUUAUCCUUCUGCCUGAUCAUCCGUUUGACCCUUGUCCCAUGUUUAGGGCACAAAUAGACAGGAGAAGAGAGAAAGCUACUGUUUGACAUCCCAUUGGUUGUGACUGUCACUGGAGCCGCACACUAUUGUUUUUUUUAAAAACCACAGAUGCUUCAUGGAAAUAAUUCUUGCAUUCAGCUUCUCAGUGAAGAGAACAUGACGUGUGCAUUAUCCGUGCCCUACACCAAGAUGUACAGGACCAGAUAGGAGUGUAUUACCCACCACACAGAUCAGCAAGAGAGGUUCACUGCUCCUUUACCAUUGCAAGUGUAUUAAUAACUUAAAUAUAUGCUAGAUGAUUAAAACACUGGGAGACUUUGCAUCCAGUUGCAUGUCCAAUGAUAUUAUUUAAAAAAUGAUGCUAUUCAGAAUGGCUCAGAAUAUAAUAUUAGUAGCUCCCUGCUUCUUCAUGAUGAAUUUCAAAUGCAGUACAGCAUGGAAGAUUACAAAAUUCUGUGUGUUUUGUCUCAGUUUUCUUUAUUUGAUGUCAAGUGCUGGGAAUUUUUAUGACAAGAUGUUAGGAAAUGGUGAUAUCACUAUGGGCUGGAAGUUGAGCAAUCAAGCCCUUCGUAUACGAAGGCUAGUUUCAGCGGUAUAGCAAGCAAGAACUGAAGGAUUUCCUCCCCAACUACAACAUUGGCACCUUCCAGUCUUCAAAUAAUCUACUCACAGGAGAGAAGUUUCAAGUCUGCAAAGAGCAGUACCCUUUCUAUUCCCAAUUCUACAUCUCCAGAAAACAAAGAGCUUUGACAAUCAGGAAGUGACUUUCAUUAUUGUGAUUGGUAACUUAGAAGUUAGAAAUAAAAUUUACAAAAUAGCCCAUUCAAUGAUUGCUUCCUGUUAAAACAAUCCAUGAACUUUACCCCCUCCAUUCAUGUCCCACCAUUUUUUGGCAUUUUGUGAGUAAAGAUCUCACAUUCAAUCAAUCAUUGACCAUUCAGACACUCAGAUCCAUUGUGGGAUUCGUCACCUCUCUCUGGUUGAAUGCGUGUCUCAUCUGACUUGAACUUUAUGCAUGUUCUUACUCACAGCGAUCACUUUGGACAAUUACUGAAUAACAUGUGAUUCCAAACUGCCUCACAGUUAGCUGUUGUAGCAGCCUUCACCAUCACUGGACCGGAAAUUGUACACACUAUACUGCCCAGCACACCAGGAGUGAGAGUAAUUGCAUAACAUUGCACUCUGCACUUUGCAAGUUUGAACCCAAUAGUGCAUAGUGACUAUUUACGCAAGGAUAACUGACCACAUAUUACCUUCUGUGGCAGUUAUGGGUAGUGUCACUGGGAAGACAUAGCUAUACCUCUCCCCAGUCUCCUUCAGCCUGGCUAAUCUGGCAGAAAAGGCCAUGUCCAUUCUACUCCCUGGAAACUGUCACACACAGAUUCAGGAGGAAUUCCAGCUUGGCUACUGGCAUGUUCCAGUUCUUAUUUCCCUUCUUAAGCUCCAACUGAACAACCCUCUCUCCAGCUGGGAAACCUAGUGAUAGCCUUUCAUUAGAACAUUGUCUCCCAUUGUAUAGACCUUCACUCAUGGUGCAGCAGAGGUCAAAAGGCAAGGUCACAAGCACAAACUCUGAAGAACCAGCAAUGUCCAAGUUCCUCCUCCAACACAUGCAGGUGAUGUAAUGACACCAAUUCAUACCAUCGUACAGCAUUUCAUCAAGCUAUCCUUUAAACCAAAUCCACAAACCACGUUCUCCCAGAGUGUGAUGCCCCUUGCAUUUGGAACAUUUUAUUUGCCUUUUAGUUUAGGAUUGAAUGGAGAAGGGGUAGGAAAGGGACAGGGUAUUAUAGGAUUACUGUCUACUAGAUUAAUGUCACAAACUGAGUACCAAAAGCCACCAUGUUCUUAUCAAAAACUGUACUGAUAGUAGACACUGUUUGGGUAGUUAGCAUCCUGAACAACAAGCAUCUCUCAAUACAUUAUAAUUGGACUGCCCACUAUUCAUGAGACAGUAUGAUCACAGUAAUAAAUAUUAGCUAAAUUCCAAAUAUGUUCCUCAAAAAUAUAUCCUACUUCAUCUGUUUUGAUUAUCACUGCCAUCUUGGAGCUUACUGUGUGAACAUAUUGUUCAAAUUUCACAUCGACAGUCCAGAAAGGUUUUCUUCCUGCAAUUUUUCUUCUUUGCUUCAUUGCCCUUCUCAAGAGGAAAGAAAAUCUACAGUCACUCCCUCCCCUUCCAACCGCUUUGUGUUCCUCUGCCAUCCCUUCCCCCAACUCCCCCUCUGUGCCUGAUUCUUCCCUCUCCCCAUCACUACUUUUCCCUCAUACUGUUCUCUCCUCUUUUCUCUCUAUUCCACUCUACCUUUAGAUCUGUCCCUUCACCUUCCUCUUCCUACAUCUCUCUUCAUUUCCUGCUGGCCUUUCUGCUCUUUUUUGCUUUCUGUGCACUCUUCUUUUCACAUCCCAACUCACCUUGCCCAUUGCCAGUACUUCGAGAGAGUCAACCCUCCAGCAGGGACCUUAUUUAACUUCCAUGAGUGAGACACAAGCUGGAAAAGAACAGCCUUCCAUUCAAAACUCCUUCCUCUCCAUUACCUAAUCUUCCACUUACUACCUUUGACUUCACAUUGGUGUAGCCACCAAUCGUCUUUAGUGCUCUAUUGCCCUUGUUGUGGGGUGGAGGUAUGAGGAUGAGGGUGUAAGGCGAUGUAGGUGUUGCAACCAGCUGGAAAUCAAUCCAUGUCCUAAUCUCAUUCUUCGCUUUUGCAGGGAUUCAGUUUUGUUUAUGCAGCACGGAACUGUUUAACCUGAAUAUAAACUUCUGUACAUUCAUAAUUAUUUAUAUUAUUCCUCGCAAUAUUGUAAACAGGAAGCAUCUAAAGUAUAUAGCACUGCCUGAUAAGCUGGCUAAACAAUUUAGUCAAAUGCAACUCAGUAUGUACAAACAGCAGCCCAACCUUACUGUUUUGAAUUUACAAUUUGAACAUGCUCUGGUUCACAAGAUGCCUGCCCUCUUUGGGCACAUCAGAGCAGCUGAUGAAUCUUUGACUCUCCACCAGGCACUAUGCCCUGAUGAAGCCCAUUUGCCUGUCAACAUGAUCCAAUUGAGAAGCCUGACUCAGGAUAAACCAGAACUGGGGGCAUGACACUCACUGAACCUUAGUGAAAUAUAUCAGUUUCCAACUCAAUGACAGAAACCUGGUCAUUGACUAAGGCAGCACAAAAAUCUCCAUGCAGAAAGCACUGCGGCAAAGAUCGCAGUGCUGCUGGGAUCUGAAAAGAACAAGACUCAAAUUGGGUCUGAGUACAGAAGGUUGCAAACUGGGAUUAAAAAGAAAAUAGUGUUCAAGUCAUUGACCAAACCUUUCAUCCUCAUCCACAAAGCCAAUCAGUGAAUAACUCCAAAUGCCACUGGAGAUGAGCUCUUCUCAUUGGUAAUUGUGAGGAAUUUGUCAGCCACUAUUAUGGGUCAGUUGUAAAUAUUAGAUGCUUCCUGGUAUUGCUUAACAGCCACCCAAAUGGUAGCCAGAUUGUUAAUGGAAAUGAUAUGACCUUUAUGAGAUCAUUAGAGUGGUGAAAUGCUGAUUAACUUAAUCUAGUUCCUUUUGUGACACACACAAUCGACCUCGAGUCAUGAUUUGCCAAAGACCUCUGGCAUUAAAAAUAAAGCCAAGAAUCUUUUUUAAAAUUCGCAGUACCUGCAGCCUGCAAUCUUGCUGCAGGAACUUUUCACCUCAUCCUUCCUUCCCAAAGAGAGGAUCAUAGCUAAUCACUCUAAUUUGAGGGUGGGUGGGGUGUUGUCUGCAUUGCUACCCCGGAGUUAGGGAAGGAGGCUUGAGAUAGGGCGCCCACUUGGUGCAAGAGAAACAGUGACAUUGCAAUACUCCUCACCCUAGUACACUUCACACAAGUAAAACAAUGUCAUCUUGAAUGCAGCCAAUGUGAAAUAAGAUGGUAAUACAGGUGUGAGACAGGGUGGUGGUGACAACAUUCUACAGAUAAUGAUAAGAAGAAUUUGGUUUUCAUUUUGUCCUCCCUCUAGAGCUGUCAGUCCGCAAAAUGGGCAAGAUUAGUGCUGGCAGACCAUCCCUUAAGCAAAUUGUUAGAGGGUAGGUCAGGUGGUGAAAGAUUGAUGUCACCAGUCAGGAGAGGAUGGGAUUGAUUUUAUUAUAGUCAGAACUCUUUUGCAACGUGAAUUUUAAAAAAUGACAAAUCAAUAUGUUGGCUUUUAAACGAUUAACGCAGGCCUCGUAGUUCACUGCGCUUGAACACAAUAUCCGUACAGCUCAAAGCACAGCACACCAUCACGUUGACAUAUCCCACCCUGCACCUAUACCUCGUAGACAUGCAUGCGGCUCUCUGGCAUGUGCCACACUGCAGGAAGGAAUGGUCUCAUGGUAAACGGUAGCAGGCAGAUAACUGAUUCUCAAGCUCUUUACAAAAUAUGCAUUGCCUUUUUGAUUUAGAUGCCAAAUACACACUAUGCAGGUGUUGCUAAAGUACAAGGAUUAAUAUCCUAGAUUGUAUUUAAUUUUGUAUGCCAGUUAUAGCUCUAUUUUAUACUGGAAAACAAAAAUCAGUCACAAAUUAAAUAAAAACACUUCAACCUA